AUGAAUCUUCUUGUUAAUGCCAGCAACUGUCCGUACUCCCUUAUAAAUGAAUCUUCUCUUCUUGCUUCGUUAACCCUCAACCACGUACUGCUACCCACCAUAAUGACCAAAUGCAAACUUCUCGCAUUAGCUAUCACCAUCUGUGUUUUGUUGCAUUCGCCCGAAACCCUACACUGUCAACUCUCUAACGACGGUCAUGUUACUCAGACUGUGUUUACCAGUCUCUCUGAUCUCACUUCUACCGUUCUUGAUAGUGUCGGAAACCGAGCUUCUUUCUGCGUUAAGGAUCGGGUGGUAGAGUGGGAUCGAGCUUUUAACUUUUCUUCUAAUUUGGAUUUCUUGAAGUCAUGCAUUAGGAAAACCAACGCUGAAGAUGUUAUCGGACGCGUGUGUUACGCAGCAGAGUUGAAAGACUACUUUGAACGUUUCUUUUCUGGUAGUCGUUACCUCAAGCCUAACAGAAACUGUAACAUAACAUCUAGAGUUUCAGGUUGUGAGCCAGGAUGGGCAUGUGCCGUUUCGGUCCCUGAGGAUGUUGACAUGAAAGAUUUUGUUAAUAUACCUGCCCGAACCGAUGACUGUCAGCCUUGUUGCGAGGGUUUCUUCUGCCCGAAAGGUCUUACUUGCAUGAUACCUUGCCCAUUGGGUGCAUACUGCCCAACUGCAACUUUAGAUACAGACACUGGCAUAUGUAAACCAUAUUCUUACCAAUUGCCUCCUGGAAUGCCUAAUCAUACCUGUGGUGGAGCUAACAUAUGGGCUGAUAUUCUCACUAGUCGCGACUUGUUUUGUUCAUCAGGGUCGUAUUGUCCCACAAGUACACAAAAAAUACCUUGCAGCAGCGGGCAUUACUGUCGGACAGGCUCUACAUCCGAGAAAGCAUGCUACAAUUUAAUCUCGUGUAACGAAGGAAGUUCAACUCAACAUAUUCAAGCAUACGGGGCAAUGCUUAUAGCAGCCAUAUUUACCAUUUUGCUCAUCAUCUACAACUGCUCUGAUCAAGUACUUACAAUUCGUGAAAGAAGGCGUGCUAAAUAUAGAGAAGCGGCUUCAAGACGCGCAAAAGAGAGAGUUAAAGCCGAUGAAAGAACUAUGGAACUCUCAACCUUACAUCAAAGUAGUGAAGAUGUGGAUUAUAAUGAUUCGGGUACUUCAAACGCGUCACAAGAAAACAUAUUGAAGCUAAGAAGUCAAACAUGUAACAAUACAGAUGACAAUCUUGAUCACAGUAGUAAAAAGAGGCUACAAAAAGGGAAACAAAUCCAUACUCAUAGCGAGAUCUUUAACUACGCGUACAGUCAAAUCGAGAAAGAGAAAGCUAUGCAAGAAAUCCAAAGCCUUAGUUUCUCAGAAGUAACAACCACAAUGGCUGUUAAUGCUGAAACCAGACGACGACCAACAAUCGAAGUUUCUUUUCAAGAUCUAACAGUUACUUUAAAAGGAAAAGGUAGAAGACAUCUUUUAAGAUGUGUAACCGGGAAAAUGAUGCCCGGUCGUAUAACAGCUGUCAUGGGCCCGUCUGGGGCGGGUAAAACGAUGUUUCUUUCUGCACUGGCAGGAAAAGCACACGGCUGUAAAAUAACCGGGUCGAUUCUUAUAAACGGGAAACCUGACUCGAUUCAUUCGUAUAAAAGGAUAAUCGGGUUUGUCCCACAAGAUGAUGUUGUUCAUGGUAAUUUAACUGUUGAGGAGAAUCUAUGGUUCAGUGCAAACUGCAGGUUACCGGCAAACAUGCUUAAACAAGACCGUGUUCUAGUUGUUGAGAGAGUUAUAGAGUGUUUGGGUUUACAAACAGUUAGAAAUUCGUUAGUUGGAACCGUUGAAAAGCGUGGAAUCUCGGGUGGUCAAAGGAAACGUGUCAAUGUUGGUUUGGAAAUGGUGAUGGAACCGUCACUGUUGAUCUUAGAUGAACCGACGUCUGGUUUAGAUAGUUCGUCUUCUCAGUUACUUCUUAGAGCACUUAGGCGGGAAACCCUUGAAGGUGUUAAUGUUAGUAUGGUUGUCCACCAACCAAGUUACUUGUUGUUUCAGAUGUUUGAUGAUCUAGUACUUCUAGCGAAAGGUGGACUUACGGUUUACCACGGGUCAGUGAGGGAAGUUGAAGAAUAUUUUUCCGAGAUUGGGAUUAACGUUCCGGAUCGCGUUAACCCACCGGAUUAUUUUAUAGAUGUUUUGGAAGGGAUGGUUAAACUAAACACGAGUUCGGGUGUAACUUGUGAACAGCUUCCUGUUAGAUGGAUGCUUCAUAAGGGUUAUCAUGUUCCACCUGAUAUGCAUGCAAAUGCUGCUGCUAUGUUCCCAGAAGGUCAACUUUCAAGUAAUGUACUAAAUGACAAUGAGGGUGCAGCAGAGGAUCAUUCCUUUGUUGGUGAAAUUUGGGAGUAUGUAAAGUCAAAUGUGAAAGUACGAAGCGACGUUAUUCGCCAUAAUUUCUUAAGAACAAAAGAUUUGUCCAACCGCUCAACUCCCGGGAUUCUUGUGCAGUACAGAUACUUCCUUGGAAGGGUUGCUAAGCAGAGGUUAAGAGAAUCCAAGCUACAAUUAGUAGAUUAUCUCAUCUUAUCACUUGCUGGGGCAUGUUUGGGAUCCAUUAGAAGACCAAAUGAAGAGACAUUUGGGGCACUUGGUUACACUUACUCCAUUAUUGCAGUGUCUUUAUUAUGCAAAGUUGCGGCAUUGAGAACGUUUUCUUUGGACAAGUUACAAUAUUGGAGAGAACGUGCAUCUGGCAUUAGCAGCUUAGCGCAUUUCCUUGCCAAAGAUACCGUUGACCAUUUCAAUACGGUUGUAAAGCCAGCAGUUUAUCUGUCAAUGUUCUACUUCUUCAGCAACGACCGUUCAUCUUUUGCGGAAAUUUACACAGUUUUGCUUUCCCUUGUGUAUUGCGUAACUGGCAUAGCGUACACGUUAGCCAUAUAUCUUGAUGCCGGUUCAUCACAACUGUUUGCAGUGCUCCUUCCUGUAGUCUUGACUCUCAUUCCAACACAGGCUGGAAAUAGCAAGUUCUUAAUAUUUGUUUCAAAUUUUUGCUACCCUAAGUGGACACUCGAAGCAUUUGUAAUUUCCAACGCAAACAGGUUUUCAGGAGUGUGGCUGAUCACGCGUUGUGGAGCACUUCAAAAGUUCGGGUACAAUGUACACGAUUGGGAUCUUUGCAUAUUCAUCCUCAUCAUGAUCGGUGUAGGUACCCGAAUUUCGGCUUUCUUUGGCAUGCUCAUUAUCCAUAAGAGAUGAAUCCGAAGUUUUCAUGUUAACGCCGUGAAAUUAUAUCGUAUAGGUAUUUAAUUACAGGGUAAGUAGGAAUGCUGUAUCAAAAAAGCAUAGUUAUAUAAUAUUAACACACCAUGAUAGAUGAGUUAGUGAACAAAUUUAAACAUGACUGUUUGGAGAGUUAUCUUUGAAUACAAAAGUUUCAAUGUAACAUAAUCUUGUCAAGUUCUUGUAGAUCAAUUAAAUGAAUAAUCCCUCACUAGCUACACAAUUUACCAGUCUAACACUAACCUUAGUAAUUAAAAAAA